AUGGGACAUGAGGAGCAUGGAGGGACUUGGCACAUGGACGCAGCUCAACUGGAUACGCAAAGGAAGAAGGGAGAAGCCAUCUUGAAGACCAGCUCGACCACUCGACCAACCGGUCGAGUUCCUCAACUCGACCGGCCAAGCUUCAACUCGAUCGAGCUGAGAAGUCAACAGUCAAACCCGAAAAAUAAAAGGAGUUAUAACCAAAAGAGUGAAGACUGUCCAGACGGCUCUAUCGAGAACAGCGCCAACCGUGCAGCCGGCUGGCCGAGAAACGAAUGUUUCCGCUCGGCCAAAAUCGUCCGUCUGAAGUCUCGGCCAAAGUUCGAUCAUCCGGCCGACGCAUCACGACCCGGGAAACAAUGUCCCGCGGUCGGCCAAGCCACGACCACUCAAGCCAUGCCGCACGAGCCGGGAAGCAAGCCUCGCGGCCGCGCAACCUAUCUCGUACCACGGCCGAUGCGCCGUCCGAGCCGGGAAGCCACGUCCCGCGUCCGGCCGAGAAACAUCGGCCAAUCUUCACCCGUCCGACCACAGCGGCCGACCGCAAUCCGUCCGGCCACGACCGUUCCGAUCGUACACGACCACAACCCGAUUAUCCGGCCGAUCGUCCCGACCGACCGUCCGAACGCCGCGGUCGACCCGAAGCCCGUUUUGAAGCCCGAUUUACAUAUUUUCAAGGCCCGGCUUAACCCUAAGCCGCCUCUAAAGACCUAG